ACCAUGUCACCUUGGUAAUUAAGUUCUUAGCCAGGAGACCUGACUUAAUUUUUUUGUGAAACAGGGGCCAGGAUAGAUGUUAAAUGCAUGCUGGGAACAUAGCUCACGUAUAAGGUACUGAAAUAUUCAAAGAGAGGACGGAUAAGAAUUUGAAGAUGGCAACUGCGAUAAAUGUGUUGGUUUUUUUGUUAGAAUUUGCUCUACUUAUAUGGUUUGGCUCAUCGGAUUCUUCAGGUUUAUGGUUUCGGGUUCAACCGCAGUCGAGAUUUACAGCAGAUUUUAUUUUUCAAACGACAUAUUCUGUUUCUGAAAAACACUGUACAUUGCGUUGCCUAGAACACGGCGAUUGUCGAGCUGCAUAUUACUGCGGUAACACAAACACUUGUGCCCUGUCUUGUUCUGAAGUUCCGGAUGGAUUUCUGUUGAGUGACCCAAACUGUUCUUAUCUGGAGGCACGCAAUCGCACGCCAUCUUGUCUGGAAUGUGGAUGUAAAAAUGGCGGGACUUGUGUCCAAAUAACUGAGGGGUCUAGUCAAUGUACCUGUCCUGUCCUUCACGGCGGAUUAUACUGUGAACUGACGUGCCCACCGCAGUUUGAGGUUAUGUACAAGAGGAGUUGCUACAGCUUCAAUAUGACACUGACGGCCAACUUCUACCAAGCCAAACAACACUGUGAGUCAAUGGGAGCGAGCCUAGUCGCCGUGAACGACGAAGAGGAACACAAUUUUAUUAGACAGUAUCUUGCCGCCGAUAACGCACGCAUGGGAGCAGACUGGUGGACCUCAGCAACCGAUGAAGCCUCCGAGGGUACCUGGGUAUUGUCUGGAUGGGGCGACAUUCCAGCACCGUUUACUGCAUGGGGCCCAGGUGAACCAAAUGGCGGCGACGGCGGGGACUGUGUACAAUACUGGAAAAGGCUUUUUGAUGACACGCAUUGCACUUAUAUUAAAAACUUUAUAUGUGAAACGGAGGCGACUUAGACAGCGACACAUAUUGGAAUUAUCUACAGUAUAACAUCCGUGUGACAAGGCGCCAAUAUGAACACCAAAAUAUUUCUGGGUCGCAUUUUAUUCAUACCUUAUGUAUACAGAAACUGUAUGGAAAGUAAACUGCACUUCUUGAUGUCUAUGGUUUGUUGACUUCUGCUAACAUAUGGGCUGUCUGUAAGAGUAAACAAAACGUCCACAUAUAUGAAUAACUACAUAAGUUCCUACGUAGAACGGAGGUACGGUGACAGCUUACCGCAACCACAUCGUACUGUUCACGUUUAUAUACUUUGUAUAUUCCUAGUUGCCAUGGUUAUCUGUAAUAUGUCACACUGUCACUUGUCAAUAUUAGUGACCGGUACAUAUUUCACACGCCAGAGUAGACGAAUGGCCUAAUUUUGUCGAUAAAAACUCCCUAGA